CUAUUUUUUCUCGUGAUAUUCUGUUUUAACAAAAAUGUGACUUAUUUCACUUUAUAUUUAAGUACGCGAUAAAUAUAUAAUACGUUUCAAUACAUUAAGAAAAGAAGAAAAAGACAAUAUUAAUCAAGUCAAUAGCAUUUGCCUUAUUAAUCCAAACCAACUAUUUCUUUAUCUCUCACGAAAUCAUAUCAUGAAAUUUUAGAUCCAGGUGUUAAACAAGAAAACUUUCACGUGAUAACGUUUGUAUAAAGUUAAAAGAAACCGAAGAAUUCUCCCAAACAACACAAACGAAUAUUUUAAAAACAGAAUUAGAUAAUAGGGAUUUUUCUUUCUCUUCUCGUUAAUCAUAACAUGCGGAUUGAUGGGUUAAUUUUUCAUAAUUAAUCAUUUAAAUUAUAGCUGUAAUCACCCACUAAUGGGUUUCCUUUAAUGUUAAAGAACGUAUUAAAGAAGAUGUAAUUAAUGAUCAGUUACCACAAACUGUUAAUGGAGUGUUUAAAACAAUAGAUCUUCUAAAUACAAGUAUAAACAAGGCGAUGAAAUAGGUUAUCAUUAUAUUUCUAACGCAGAAGUGAACGCACGUAGGAAAUCAUUGACUCAUAAAAGAUCAAAAUUAUUGAAGUACUCUGAGAACAUUGCAAAAAAAAAGAAGUUCCUGACAAAGAUAAAUAUUGCAAAAAUCGAAGAACAGUUUCAAAACGUUUUAUAGCUAGUAUAAACCGAACUUUAAACCGACCAGCAGCUGUAACAGCGUUCAAAAAAAUGGCUAAAGUAUACUACGCUUUAUUUUUAUUAUUUGCUGUGCAUGGGAUUGUUCACACAUGUCCACAACAGUGUCAUUGUAACGGAAAGAAAAUGACUUGUGAACGUGUGACACUUACGAAGGAUGUAUUAAAAGCAUUAGUCAUACCAUCAAACAUAACCGAAGUCGUUCUGGAUGACAAUGAACUCAGCGAGUUAUCACAGUAUAGUCUAAGAAAUUUCAAACAUUUAUUAGCAUUAAGAAUCACUAAUAACAGAUUAACAUCUUUACCCGAUAAUCUUUUUAAUGGCUUCAGCAAUUUGAAGAGCUUAAUAUUGAAUAACAAUCUAUUAACGUCGCUUCGUUCGGAAAUAUUUAACGGUCUUAACAACCUUCGUCGUUUGGAAAUCAAGGACAACAAAAUACAAGAAUUAACCCCCGGCGUGUUUAACGAUUUGUACUUUAUACAGAUCAUUCGGUUGUCCGGAAACGAAAUAAAAGAGGUACCCGACGGGGUGUUUACUCCGUUAAAAUGGUUGCGUGAUUUGUUUCUUACCGGUAACGAACUGGCUCGCAUUGGUGAGAAAGCCUUCCAGAAUCUAACCAUGAAUCGCUUGCUAUUGUCCAGCAAUAAAUUAACAACAAUACCAGUAAAUGCUUUCAAAGGUUUUAAAAUAUCUGGAAAAAUGAUUCUUUUAGAUAACCCCCUGGAUUGUCAUUGCGAGCAUGCGAUGAAUUAUGCAGUCCGCUUGCAGAACUUGAGAAAUAAAGUAUGGGGGUAUUGUACGACGCCAUAUUACAUGUUGAACAAACAUGUCAUGCAGGCUCAUAACGAUAUGCAGUGUACUUUAUGUGAUUUACAGCCGUGCAAAAAUGGCGGACACUGCUCUGGAAACAAAACAGCAUUUAACUGCGCAUGCCCGGAGAAGUUUAAGGGGAAAUCUUGCGAAGUAAGUAUAUGUCGAGCUGAGAUAAAGUAUAUCACAAAGAUUGUAGAAGUUCCUGUCAUUAAGACUGUUGACGGCGGAAGCACUAUCCCUUUAAAACAGAAAAUUAUCAACAGGACAGAAUACAUCGUCGUGAAGAAGAAGGUCCACAACAGAGAUGACCAUCAAAAACUUAUGAUUUUAUACGCCAUGUGUGCGCUCGAAUUCAUUGUCAUUCUAUGUUUCGUUGCGUAUUUUGGCUUGAGAAGGUAUAAUGAUUGGAAAUUACAGAAGAAAUAUGAACAUGAAAAAAGUCGGAAACUUUUAUUGAACAUACGAAAUGAAACGAACGCUAAAUUAGCCAAAUCAUUAUGCCAGCAGCAGGAAGAUGAAGAAUUCCCGUUUGAUGUGAAAAAUAUGAUUUUAAAAGGAGCUGUUCCUGUAUAAAAGUAUUUUCUUAUAAUAUAAAAUUUACCUCUCUCUCUAUAUAUAUAUAUAUAUAUAUAUUUAAAAAAAAAAACGUUAUGCUUAAAGCUGGAAUCUUAGGAAUUACUACUGGCAAAAAUAAGAGCAUGUGAUUGGUCAAAAAAUUUAGGCGAAAAACCAAACCCCAUUUUUUAUAAAGUCAUUCCGUUGCUAAAAUGUUUAUCAACUACCGAAAAAACGUUGCAUUAAUAGCUUGUUAUUAAAAACACGACAUGUGUAAUUGCUCUUAAAUCUUGAAAAAUUGUGAUGUUUUCAAAAUGCAGGCCAAAAUUGUUCGCAUUUAUAGUGACUCGUUAAAAGAGUCACGUGACUAUCUUGUUUUGUAGAUUGUAUAUUGUUUGUUUGUUUGUUUGUUGUAUAUAAUUAUGAUUAUUAUAUUUUCGAAUUUAUAAAUAUUAGAGAAAAAGAAACAAUGUCAAA